AUGGCUUCCACAACUGCUGCGGCAACAACCCCUACUCGUCUUUCUUCAUCGUCGUCCUCCUCGUCCUCACCUGCACCUCUCAUCAUCAAUGCCAAUCCUCGUCGUCCUGAAUCAUCUGCUGCUGCUGCUGCAUUAAUCAAUUCUCCUCCUCCACCUUCUGGCAGCUUCCUUCAUCUCCGGGCCACUACUGCCUACUAUGCGAAGAUGGCUCGGAAUGUUAUUGCCAAGGCUUCUGCCGGAGAGGUCGCCGCACCUCAAGCGGUCACCGCAACAACAACUCCCGAGAUUGUCAAGACACUUCAAGACGCUUGGGACAAAGUCGAAGACAAAUAUGCUGUUACUUCUCUUGCGGUGGCCGGAGGAGUUGCGCUUUGGGGAUCUGUCGGAAUGAUAUCGGCUAUUGAGAAGCUCCCACUCAUACCUGGAGUUCUCGAGCUCGUGGGAAUUGGGUACACUGGCUGGUUUGCAUACAAGAACCUGGUCUUUCAACCCGACAGGGAAGCAUUGAUUCGAAAAAUCAAGGAUGCAUAUAAAGAAAUCACAGGAAGCAGCAGCUGAAACAAAGGAAAUUCCAAGAGGUGCACCCAAACAAACAACACAUCUCUAUUGUGUGCAUCAAUCUAAUCACUUUCUACCACUUUGGGUUGCAUAACAUCUAUAAUAUACAUGCAACUCUACUUCUUUUGUAUGACAAAUUAAGACCUAACUGAGAAAAAAAAAUAUAUAUAUAUAUAUAUAAUAAAAUUCUUACAAAAACAUCUAUAUAUAUUUAUUAAAUUAAAGGGCAUGAUCAUUUUUGUACAUUGUAGAUUUCAAAUCCCCUGUCCCUGCCAGCAUUCUUUUUUUGUUGCCCACAUGAAGAAUGAAUGACUUACAAUUAUCAAA